AUGUACGCCAGAUAUAUUCCUCCCGCAAAGGGCGGGAAUACAUCAAAUUCCGCCCCUUCCAAUCCUGCGCCGUCACCAAAAGUCGAAUCCAAUUCAGCUCCCGCUGUCGCGCCUGUCGCUAAUGCUUUUGGCUACUCGCGAUACAUCCCUCCAAGCGCAAAGCCUGCGCCGCCUCAACCUCAAGCUCCCCAAAAGCAAUACUUUGACGAUGAGCCCGCAGCGACUCCCAAGAGGAAGUUCGACACCACAGAAGAGGCCCAAAGCUAUGCUCAACCUGACAGCAAAAAGUCAAAGACAGUAGAGCCAACACCAAAGGAUAGCGACGAGACGCCAAAGAAGAAGAAGAGGGUCAGACGAGGCAAGCGAAGAACUGCGGUUGCCAACGAUGAUGAUGACGAUGACGAUGACGAAGACGAGCCAGCUAAGAAGGCGACUGCAACAAAAGCCGAGUCUCAAAAGCUUGUGGAACGGGAAGAGCCCAAGGAAACAAAAAAAGUGCAAAAAGAGAGUCUUGCUUUAGAGGAGAGUGCCGUAACGGAAAAGGAGCAGAAGAAGAAGGAUAAGAAAAAAGAGAAGAAGGAUAAAAAGAAGAAGGACAAGGAGCAAAAGCAAGAACAGGAGGAGUCCAGCACCCCCACGGUCGCAGCCGAGGACAACGAUGAAGAUGUUCCAAUGGAAGACGCUACAGAGCCCGCAGACGAACCCAAGGCUGCUUCCGAGGAUCCAGUAGCAGAAGAGCAGAAGAAAGAGAAGCGAAAGGAAAAGAAGAAGAAACACAAGGAACCUGAGCCAAUAGAGGAGGAGGACAAGGACGAGAACAAAAGGCACAAAACUGUUAUGGAUCGACUAGAGAAGUCCCUCAAGCUAGCUGGUGAGAUAGGCCCAGGUGAGGAGGACGAAGAGGAUCAGGGUGAACUCCAUGGUCUUGAACCCCUACCACAACCAGCACCAGUGGUCACACUCACCAACGCGAAGCGAAGCGACGACGAGACUCUUCCCCCUUGGUUAGCAAAGCCUCUGCGGGUUUCUCAGGAUACCCGAACCCCAUUCUCCGAGCUGGACAUUCUGCCCAAGGCCUGCCGUGUGUUGGAAGAGAAGGGCUUCCGAGAUGCGUUUGCUGUGCAGACUGCUGCCAUUCCUCUCUUGCUCCCCACAAGCAGACCCGGCGACGUGUGUGUUUCUGCAGCCACCGGUUCCGGAAAGACACUUGCUUAUGCUUUGCCUGUCACGCGAGAUAUCAGCCAAGGAUGCCUCACUAGGUUACGAGCGCUAGUCGUUCUGCCAACACGAGAACUUGUCAAGCAGGCUCAAGAAACUUUUGAGCUUUGCGCUAGAGCAUUCGAUGGUAGUGAUCGCAAGAGAGUGCGUGUGGGUGUUUCCGUUGGUAGUCAGUCUUUUGAAGAUGAGCAGAAAGCUUUUAUGGAGCAAGAGCUUCGAUAUGACCCUGAAGCAUACAAGAAGCUGCAAGACGAGGUUCAACAACAAAAUCAGUUGAAGUUGGGUCUUUCUGCAACGGAUAGUCUCGACGAUCUGGAAGAUACAGACCCUCGGUUGAGCAGCAAGAACGGCUACGUCGUUGACUUCCUCUCCAAGAUUGAUGUCUUGAUCUGUACACCUGGUCGACUCGUCGAGCACAUGGAACAAACACCAGGAUUCAAUCUCGACUACGUUCGAUGGCUAGUAGUCGAUGAAGCCGAUAAGCUUCUGGCGCAGAGCUUCCAGGGUUGGCUGGAUGUAGUUAUGGAGAAGUUCCGCGUUAGCAAGCCUACCGCUCGAGAUUUCCCAGACAUCAACUUUUCUGGCGUUCGCAAGAUCAUUCUUAGUGCUACACUUACCAGAGACUUGAGUCUUCUCAACCAGCUGGGUCUGCACAGGCCACAGAUGAUCGUUUUGGAGAGCGACGGUGAUGUCCAGAUUGCUGAGCAUUCUCUGCCCGCACAGCUGAAGGAACACUCUAUCCGAGUUCACGACACGGGUCUUAAGCCGCUCUACUUGCUCGACCUUCUCCGCAGCCAGGACAUGCUCAUGGCUAGCCCCAGCAAGGAUCAGGAAGCUUCCAAGCCUGAUGAGGCUGCAGAUUCAGAUACCAGCUCUGACUCGAGCUCCAGCUCAGAAUCCGAUUCCGACUCUGACUCUGACGCAACUUCAGACACAAGCUCCGACUCGGAUUCGGAGUCAGAGUCUGAGGCUAAGCCAAAGGCUUCAGGUCGAUCACUCAAGUCCCACAUCCCCUCUUCCCUCAUCUUCACAAAGUCCAACGAGGCCGCAUUACGUCUAUCACGACUGCUCGCCCUCUUGGAUCCUUCGCUGGAAUCUCAUAUCGGCACCCUCACAUCAACAACACCAACACACAUCCGUCGCAAGACCCUCCGAGCUUUCUCAACACCCUCAUCACCCAUUCGUCUCCUCGUUGCCUCCGACCUCGUUUCACGUGGUAUUGAUCUUCCCAACCUCGACCACGUCAUCAACUACGACAUGCCCGCCAGCGUGGCAGGUUAUGUGCACAGAGUUGGCCGUACAGCACGUGCUGGCAAGUCAGGAAGCGCAUGGACACUUGUUGGAGAUGACGAGAGUUGGUUCUACAACAAGAUCGGCAAGAACACAGGUAUCAAGAGAGGUCAGAAGAUGGAGAGGACAAGAAUUGAGGAGAUGGAUGAGAAGCGAGUUGAGGAGUACGAGGCUACUCUGGAGAAGCUUGGGCAAGAGGCCGGAAGGCGAUAA